CUUACUGCCAUUCAGACAGCCCCACUCAGUAGAAUUUCAGUACAUAAAAUAUUGUAGAAUAUGUCAUAUAUAUUCUGUAAAUUUUAUCAUACAAAGUGACGCUAAUAAAAAUUAAGCUAACAAUAAUAUAUAUUGAUUUAUUAAUCAAGCAUAUUGACUAUUUAUCAAUUCAAAUAAUAAAUAGUAACUUAUUUUAAAAAAAAAAAACAAACGUAAUCAAAUUUUUCUUUACGUUUUUCUCGUCAUGUAACAAGUGUUUGUGUGCCUCAAUAAUAAUUGGAUUAUAGCAGUUUUUUUUUUUAACAUACAAAGACAUAUUAUUAAAAAAUUUUAAAAAUACCAAUAUUACUGAUGAUUAUAUAAAAAAAAAGGAUGACUUGAAAAAAACUGAUGCAACUUUAUGGAAUGUUUAUUUUUGUUAAUACAAUUAUAAAUUAAUAAAAUAAUUUCAACGAUUUCAUGAUAAAAAUAUUUAAAAAAAAUGGCUAUCAAGAUAAAUCUUUUUUUAUCUACAUUUUGUUUGACAACAAUAUUUUUGGUAUCAGCAGUACUUGAAGGACCAAAUGUUUGUGUAAGACAAGAAAAUUAUACAGUUACUGUUAACAUCUCAGAACAAAAACCUUACAAGGCAAGAACAACCACUUGGUGCGUGGCUUUUCCUCCAAAGUGUUCAUCUUAUAAAACGAUAGUUAGAACUGUUUAUACAACUCAGGUUCUACAAAAACAAAGACCAGUUGAAGAAUGUUGCAAAGGAUAUGGUGAAACAGCCACUGGUGAUAAAUGUGUUCCAAUUUGUUCUCAAGACUGUAAACAUGGAUCUUGUAUAGCACCAGAUUCAUGUAUUUGUGAAGCAGGAUAUGGUGGCUCAGCUUGUGACACUAAAUGUCCAAAAGGCACAUGGGGUUCAAGAUGUAUUCAUAAAUGUGAUUGUUCAAAUGAUACUAACUGUAAUCCAUUUGAUGGAAAAUGCGAUUGCACAGAAAAUUGUGAAGAUAAAUAUUAUAGUCCAAAUUUCAGUAAAGGAUUUUGUAAUUGUAAAAAUGAAAAUUAUGUUUGUCAUCCAACUGAUGGUUGUGUAUGUAUGUAUGGUUAUACUGGAUCAACAUGUGAAGAGCCAUUAUUCAUUGCAACAAAUGUAUUACAACAAAAAUCUGAAUCAAGUUAUAGUGGUGUAUUUGUUGCUGCAUUAUUUUCAGCAUGUCUUGCAAUUUCAAUAUUAGUUGCUGGAUUAAUGUAUCAUCGUCGACGAGUAGCUGAUUUAAAAUUAGAAAUAGCACAUGUACAGUAUAUUGCUGAACCAGUUAUAUCACCAGAUAGUAAUCAUUUUGAUAAUCCAGUUUAUUCAUAUCAAAGUUCUGGAAAAACAGAUGAUGGAACAAUAAAUCUUUUAAAUAAUGGCCUUAUUAGAAAUAAUUUAUGUAUGAAAAGUGUCAAUACUCAAAAAGCUAAGUUUGACUCAUUUAAUAAUGUUGAUGAAGAUAAUGCAACAUGCAAAGAAUCAUACAGUAAUCAUAAUCAAACAACAUCAAUGAAAAAUAAAGAUGCUGAUAUUGGAAAUCCAAAUAUUAAUGUUUAUCAUAGUAUUGAUGAAAUGGAUACUAAAAAAAUUAUUAAUGAACCACUUUAUGAUGAAAUUAAACAAAAUAAUAAUGAUUUUGUUUAUGAUCAUCUUGAUUAUGCACGUUCAAGUGCUUGGAAACCUCAUUAUCAAAGAAUGUUCAAUGGAUCAAAUUCCAGUAGUAGUAAAGAUGGAAGUGGAAGCAGUAAAUCAAGCCAGCAUGAUCUCGAAAAUGGUGGUCCUUAAUUUUUUUAUCAAUUAGAAAAAUAAGGCUCAUUUAUUUUUCUAUCUAUGAUAAAGCUUCAAAAUAUUUUUCUAUAAAUUGUGCAAUUAGUGAUUAAUAUAUUUUACUACUACUCAUAAAAGCACUAAGAUAUUUUUGCAAACAAUAAUUUAAUUUCAAGGCAUGUAAAUAUCAAAAAUUUCUACCUGAAAUUUAUAUGAUUAAUUUUUUUUUUUUUCUAUUUUAUUUUAUCGUUAUUAUUAUAAUUAAAUUUUUUUUCGACAUAAUACUGAUCAAGAAUAUAUAUAUACAUAAAAGAGUAUUUUAUAGUAUAUAAAUACGUAUCACUGUGAAAAUUUAUUUUUAAAAAUAAUCUAAUGAUUCAGAUGCAUACACGAACAAAGAGGAAAUGAUGCAUGUUUUAUUGUUUUAUUGUGAUUUUAUUACUAACUUGAUUUACUAUUAUUAUUUUUAAAUUUAUUAUUAUUUUGUAAAUAUAUUUUUUACUAUUACAUAUUAUAUUCUUUAUUUAUCGACAAAUAUUUUGAACUAAUCUAUUUUAAAAAUUAAUUAACUACGUUUAUAUAUAGACAUUAACUGAAAUCAUUCCAGCAUUAAUUUGGUCAAAUCAUGUGUAUUUAUUAAAACUAAAGUAUUUCAAUUUUAUUACUAUAAUAAUUAUCAAUAUACAUUACUUUUAAUCAACAAUAUAAAUAAUAAUAGUUAAACAAGUGAUUCAAAAAAAAAAAAGAAAAAAAAAAUAGUUUUAUUGAAUUACACAGCGAAAUAUAUAUCACAAUUAAAUCGACAAUUAAUUUUAAACUUUAGACACUACAACUUUUUAUGAUGAUAAUAAUAUUUUUUUUUUUUUUUUUUUUUCGAAAAAUAUAUUUUAUCUUUUGUGUAGUGUUGAAUCAAUAAUAUACUAGCUUUUUUUUAUUGUAUUGAAAAUGAGGAUAAAAAAAAUUCCUUAAAAUCAAAUUAUAUCUCUUGACAUAUAUAUACUUUAUUAUUAUUAUUAUUAUUAUUUCUAUGACAUCUGCAUUUACAUAUAUUUAGAUGUUUUUUUUUUGUGCUUUAAUUUAAAAUAAAGAGAAGAAAAAAAAUGAUAUUCACUGUUGAGUAUGCAUAAAUUAAUAAACAAAUGGGUAAUUAAAUUAUAAUAUGACAAAUUUAAAAAGAAAUAGUAUUAGAUGUUGAUAAUUUUUAAUCAACAAUUACAGAUAAUGUCAAAACAGGAAACAUCCUCUUUUUAUUAGAAAGAAAUAUGCAUGGAUGACAAAGGCUAGAUUUAGAACUUGUUGGCCAACUCAAUUAGUCACAUCAAAGUGAUGAUAUAUUUCAGCAAGUUUGAACAUUAGUUAUUAUAUUUUUUGAGUAUUGAUUGUAAUGAAAUAUCAAAUUUUAAUUAAUAAUAUAACAAAACAAAAAAAAAGAAAAAGUAUAUUGAUGUAUUGGGAUAGUUUUAUAUUUUAAAUAUUCUGGAAAUAAAAGUUAUUAAAUCUUAUUAUGGCUAUCAGGAUAAAUGUUUUUUUAUAUACAUUUAGUUUGACUACAAUAUUUUUGGUAUCAGGAGUACUUGAAGGACCAAAUGUUUGUGUAAGACAAGAAAAUUAUACAGUUACUGUUAACAUCUCACAACAAAAAUCUUACAAGGCAAGACAAAACACUUGGUGCAUGGUUUUUACUCUAAAGUGUUCAACUUAUAAAACGAUAGUCAGAACUGUUUAUACAACUCAGGUAUUUAAAAGACAAUUUCAGUAUCACAUAUUAAUAAAGUAUAGUAGGUUUAUUAAUAAUGAGCUGAUUAGUAACUUGUAUUGUUAAUUCUUUUUUUUAGGUUCUACAAAAACAAAGACCAGUUGAAGAAUGUUGCAAAGGAUAUGGUAAAACAGCCACUGGUGAUGAAUGUGUUCCAAUAUGUUCUCAAGACUGUAAACAUGGAUCUUGUAUAGCACCAGAUUCAUGUAUUUGUGAAGCAGGAUAUGGUGGUUCAGCUUGUGACACUAGCAAGUAUGCCAGUGUAACAUCUGAGCCUGUAAAUUUGAAUAUUGAUAGAAAGGAAUCUGAUGAAGAACAUGAUUAUGAAGUGCCUUAUUUCUAUAACAAUGAUAACGAUUACAAUCAUCUUGAUCAUGCACGGUCACAAAACAAUCGAAAAUCCAAC